AUGGACGGUCUAGGGGCAUCUCAGGUAGUGACCGCUUUAGAAGUAAUUUAUGAUCCAAAAACGGAGAAUGUAAAAAGAGUGGAAGCACAAAAAUUUCUGGAUGAGGUUAAAGACCGAGAGGAGUCUCCUUUCUGGGGUUAUGAAAUCGCGUUAAACAAUCCACAGAAUUCAAUUCUAAAACACUUCGGUUUGGGAUUAUUGGUGAACGCAUUGAAGAGGAAUUGGAGCGGUUAUGAUGAGGAGAAAAGGCUGACCUUGAGGAAAUGGAUUGUGGAACUCAAUUACAGAGUGCAGCCAAAUGAUCCAAGGUAUAUCAAAGAGAAACUUGCUUUCUUAUGGGUGGAAGUCGCCAAAAGGGUUUGGGGUGAAGCUUUGAAAAUAGAGGAACCAUCUCAACAACAAUUGGAGGAAUCUUGGGUAGAUAUGGAUAGAUGUUUGACUGAAUUGUGGCAAAUGAGUGAAGAAUCGAGAGAACUAGCGUUGAUUAUUUUUAGGACCCUUUUUGAAGACACAUUCUUGUUAGAGGAUGUCGCGAUUUUGAAGCGUUUACCAAUCAUACAGCCUCUUUGUAUUAUGAUAGUGUGUCCUAUGGAGAUGUUUAGUGCGAAGUAUAAGUAUUCGGGGAAGUGGGAACUUUUCAAAUCUAACCCUAAGGGUUGGUUUGCGCUUUUCAGUGAGGAGUUGAAUGCAGCAUUGGAUGUUAACAACGCUCAAUAUAUCGUGAGAUUAUUAGAGACAUUGAAAAGUUGUCUAAAUUGGCCACUCAGUGAUGUUAUAAUAUCCAACGAUAUAUUCUCUGCACUAUUGAGAUGUCUCACAAAGGAUAUCCCAAAGGCACAAUCGAUUGCUUUGGACUCUAUUCAUAUUCUUCUAACACGUCCUUAUAGUAACACAGAUCACUACAAUUUGAUUGUAAAUCGUGUUUUUGACAGUAUGACCUUGAUGGAUACUAUAUAUUCACAGCUCCAAUUUGAUCCUACAGAAGGAGUUGAUGAAGCAAAAUACCCUAUAAUGAAGAAAUUUGUUGAUAUGAUUACUUGUUUAUACACAUGUGUUCUCAAAAUAUCAGAUCUGCAGAACAUUGAGGCAUAUAUGAAAUUGGUUUUAAAAACUACCUAUAACCCUAGUCUAAUAGUCAGUGGGCUAUCAUUGGACCUUUGGUGUGCAUGUUUAAGAAAUGAUGACUUCUUGCCGAUUUUAGAUAAACUGGUUAUUCCUGACUUAUUAGAAUUUGCAGGGAAUGCAUUGAUAUAUUAUGAACAGAUUGAUGAUCACGUCUCUAAGAACUUUGUGGAGGUAGACUUCCAAUCUACAUCAGAGUAUGAAAACUACUGUUCCAGUUAUAGAAAAAGGCUCAGAGAUAUAAUCCGUCUAAUAUCAUGUGUUCAGUUAGAUUUUGCUUACGAUUGGUUAUGUGAAAGACUCAAUAAAUACUUCAGCUCGCAAUAUGGACAACAAGUAUUAAGCGCUACAUAUUUGGAUCAUAAAUCAGAGCCAUAUUUGAGUGCUCUGACUCAGUUUAUGAUUGUGGAAUGUUUCAUCAAUGGUUGUAUACGAUGGAAAAUAUGGUACACCGAUGAAGCCACUUUCAACCAAAAGCUUGAUGUGAUUCUUGGGAAAGUAGAAACUCUAUCCAAUCAGCUUUUAGCAUUGAAUUUGAGAGAGCCUUUGCUCCUUAAGAAACAAAUUCAGAACUUUGCAUUAUUUUUAACUAUUUUGAAAGACAAUGUCCUCUUCACUUUACUUGAAAAAAUCAUUACAACUGCUACCUUAGAAUACCCUGAAAUCGAUAUGAACGAAAAGAAUCAGCAGUCUGAUGCAGUUCGUGAUUUAAGGUAUGCCUGUGGUAUUGAACUUAAUCGUAUGGCAUUAUUAAUGCCUGCCUCUUUAGAACCAAUAUAUCCUGAUCUAGAGAAUGUUGUUGCAGGUAUAUUACCAAAACUAAGUUCCCAUGAAACUAUUUCAUUCAAGUCAUUUUUAUUAACAAUUGUUCUAAAGUCUGGAUUGCCAAACAAAGAAGAAAAGUUUGCACAGUUGGUUGAUCCAGAAUUGGCUGCUUGGUCGGACAAAGGAACAGUUGUCGGCCUAACGGACCUCCCUUGGUUCCUUGAGAGGUUGGGUAUAGUAAAAAUUGCAGAAUAUUUCCAGAAACGGAAUAUUGAUGAGAAUAGUGACUUAUUAUCCAUUCAAAUGGACGAAGAUGGGAAAAAACUAAAAGCAGAUUUGACGCAACAUUGGCAGACUAUCUUUCCGGUCCGUGCAACCCGGAUGUUUAUCCAUUAUUCCAUGCAAAGCGUCAAAGGCAAUGAUGAAUUUAGAAUGUUACAAGAACUAUGGAAACCUCGGAUAGUACCGUUUUUACCAUACAUCCUAAGACUUCUUUAUCAACUUCAGUCUUAUCACAACCCAGCCAACUGGACUUCUCUUCCAACUGUUGUACAGUCUUUCGUACGCGUUUCUACUGUUGAGAGAUUCUGGGAGGCUGGUGCAACCAAUAAAUCUAAAGAUGAAUUUAUUGAUGAGCACAACAAAGCUUUGCAAACGGUACGUGACUUUGCGGACUCUGUUGGCCAUAUUGUAAGAUAUACUAGAGAAUACGUUCUUUUAGUUCUUGCUUCGAUGUCAGGUCUCGGAACAAUUUUCUUCGAAGUGAACGACCUUGCAAACCUAAUAAUGGACUCCAUUGCCAUUUACACCCCAGAUGGUGAGAUUAGUCCCGGUGUAUCAACACAUGGCUGGAAACACAUAAUAAAUGUUGCUGUUAGACCAAUGCUAAGAAAUUGUCCUGAUGAAUGUGCCCCACAGUUUAUGUCAGUGUUCUUACCCAAGUUGUUCAAGACAUUGGAUUUAUUGUUGGAGAAAAGGUGGUCUGCGUAUAGUCAAAGUGAGGUAAAUCCACCUCCUAGAGAUGAAGAUGAAAUGACAGAAGAGAUCCUUGAGGAGAAUUUAUUGCGUCAGUUCACUACUGUUGUUGUAAGGUUACUAAUAGAUUCCGUCGGACAGGUGGGAUCACAUGCACAGGCCUCUAAGAUGAGAGUAUCAGUACAUCAAAUGAAGAUGAGGAAGAUUAUCUUUGAAGAUAUCAACAUUCUAGCGCCAUUCUUGAGGUUGUUAAAUAGGCUUGUCUCAGUGAGAGACAGCAAAUGCUCUUUCAACUCAAUUCUAAUAUUAAAGAGUUGUUUAGCAGAAACAUUGGCGAAGGAUCCGGAAGUUGACAGAUUUUAUACCACUGAAGUCGUUCCAAAUCUAAUUUUAAAUGUUCUAACUCAGAGGGCCUUCAAAGACUCUUUCUAUGAGGCGCUUUAUGCGUUCACGGUCAUAUUCUUAACCCUUUCAAAAGAGUUCGAUUACUUUAACCAAUACCUUUACGAUUUAUCUAGAGGAUACAAUAUUGAAGAGCUUUACAACACUUUGAAGCAAGUAGAUAACUACAAAGACCAGAGAGUAGUAGCGGCCGAAUUUAUAGACUGGAUGAAGAACAUAUAUGGCGAUCAAGAUGAUAAUCAUUUCUCUGCAGAUCAAGAGGCAAAGAUCAAACAAAGGCGAGAGGCUGUUAUAGCAAGAGCAAGUGAACAACUUCUCGGGAAAAACAAGCCGGAAUCUAACAUGUUUGAGGACCCUAAUAUUGAAGGUGAUGUCUUAGGUGGGUUGUUUGAAAACAACUAG